GGGGUUGUAAUCUCUAGUGUACAAUCAACAAACACGAUAGGACAGUGGCUGCUAACUGACAUCAUCAUGUCAGACAUAGAAACGCGCAAAGAAUAACAAUGUCACUCGCUUGUAGUAAUCCGAGUUACCCGUGAAUCUUUAAGUAUGGAAAGACACAAUCUUGAAGUCCAGCAGCCCCCAAUAAUAUGCUCUUAGCGAAAGUGACUGAUACCCCAUUGAUGCACGAUAGAUUGAGAUGGGCCUAUAGAAUUGCCUAAAUUCAAGAGAAUGUAGAUGAACAAGAAACGGCGUCUAUCUAUCCAUAUGGAAAGGGACUGUAUCUUCCGCACUUUUCCAUAACCAUCCCAUGUUUGAUACUUGGUUUCAUUUUGAUGUCGAUGGUGUAAUUUUGAGCUGAAAUACUGCCCCAAAUCCCUCAGAACGGAUCGCAACUCGCGUUGAAUCUAAAGUUGCAAAACUAUUGACAGCAAGGGUUUCUAAUCGGGGCGUUUUAAAAAUCAAGAUCCAUGCGUCAAAGAUUACCUCGACAGUAUGAAAGAUAUACCGGAAUCGUCCAACGUGUAUGUGCAAGAGUCAACGUCUGAAGAGGGACCUAUGGCUAUACAGUUCGUCUCUGGUCGGGCGAAGGAUCGUACAACCCAAAGCUUGAUACGAUCGCAUGCAAUGUCUGCUUUUCGAAAUAAGCAACGACAGCAGAAAUCUAAACGAAGAAUUGCCGCGCGGAAACUUAUGCCAGUUGAACGCAUCUACGACUGUUCAAAGACUGAUCUUAGUCCAUCAACCUCAUCAGACGUAAGAUCAUUGGUGUGUAAUACACCUGAUUCAAUUUCCGAAAUUGGUACCGAGAAUCACCAAUACAAAUACGGCCAUGACACUUCACUUGAAGUCACACAAGUGGGAAUAUCAUCAUUAUUCGCUUUAGCGCCCGCUCAACUCGACCCAUUAAGCAUCGCGCCCCAUCCGCCACCUGUUAUAGUUUUCAGAUACUCGCAAGAGGUGGGUACGAUUAAACAACUUGCUUUGACAUUUUGUUCGCCAGGGCCCGAGAUAUUAGAUGAUUUUCCAAAAGCUGCCGGACAAGCCUUAUCGACAAGCAUCAUCUACAUGAUGUAUGCCUAUUCAUGCUCGGUCCGAGGAAUGAUAAACGAUGAACUGGCUACAGGUUUGAGAGAUGCAGCCAUUGCACAAAUUGGUCAGAAACUAGCUCAAGAAGGGACUUUAUGGUCCGAUGCUACAAUAGCCUCAAUAGCCUAUUUUUCAACAGGUAUCUGGGCAAUUGAACGUGAUGCAGACGAAGUCGAGGCACAUAUGACCGGGGUAGAAUUGUUGGUUAAGAGACGAGGAUUGGAUAGUUUUGGAGUUUAUCCUUUUGGGCAAAUAAUCCGAAAGUACCUAGUGAUGCGUCACAUUGUUGUGAAGGCUAUCAGGGCCGAAGAGCUUCCUCGGAGCUUCGGCAACUCUUUUAUUCGAUCCAAAGAGAAUGAACAUCAAUGUAGGCGAUUCAUAUCCCCGUUGUAUUGUCCAUCUGGUUCAUUUGAGUCUGUCAGACAGUUGAAAGGAUUCGACGGCUCCCUGGUCCAGGUUCUAUACAUUGCCAAAGAUUUGAUCGACUUUAUUGUUGGGGGACACGAGCAAACGGUCGAUAAUGUCGAUUACCAGAGCCGCUUAUCUGCAGCUUUGUACUCUCUACAAUGGGGUGUUGUCAAACUGAGCCCUUCAAACUUGCCACCCCAGUACUGGAUCUUCGAGUGCUGUAGACUUGCUACCCUCAUGAUAUUUCAAGCCAAGGAAGCUUGCACCCCUCUUCCUUCAAGCGAUGAUUGCCUCACAUCGGCAAUGAUUUGCGCCAUAGAAAGAACGGAUAUUGACGAAGAUUGGGAAGACGUGUUAGGCAUAUUGUAUUGGGUGACUAUCAUUGCUUGCGCGUCAAGUCAAGGUCAACCAGGCCAUGUAAUUCCGGAUUCAAGAUUAGGUCGGACGAUAUUUAUGAUAGCCUCUUCCGUCCAUAAUUUCGAGUACGCAACAGGGCCCACGCAGAAAUUUGCGCAACUGCAAAUGGUGUUGGCAAGCAGAUCUGAAUUGGCUGCAGCUGGAAAGAUGGAAAAGAAUCAUUGAAAUAAUUGAAUGGAGGAACAAUGGCGGUAGUGCUUCGAAUUAAAAGUUGAACCAUUUCAUUCUUGCGAUAAUUACGAGAUAAAUGCACAGGUGGAUGGAGUAACGUAGUUUAUCAUCGAGUGGACCAUAUCAUCGAGUCGGCCACUAUAAAUAUAUACA